GUGUGUUUGUUUGAGUUCAGUGUGUGCAGAAAAGGCAAGCCUGCACAGCCAUUCACACACUUCCCUCCUCAGCGAUGGGUACGCAGACAGCCAAGCUUCUGGACUAAAUCUCUGAAUGUGUAUCUGACACCUCCCUUUGCUGAGCUCCGGAGGCCCAGUGACCUCCUAGUAAUCAACCUUGGCGGGGCGCAAAUACCCACCUCCUGGAAAACUCACAUAGCCUAACAUCUGCCUGUGAGGAACUUUCAGAAAGACCUCACAAGUACCCACCCAAUCUUGUUUGGCAAACCAAGCCCAUUUCGUCCAAAGAUGGUAGAGGACCUAGCAGCCUCUUAUAUUGCUCUGAAAUUGGAGAAUGAAAUUCUGCAGGCCCAAGUGCAGCAGCUCAUGGAAGAAAAUGCUGCCCUGCAGGCCCAGAUGCCACAGCUCCAGGAGCCCCAAGCAGACAAGGAGGAUGAACCACUCCAGAAGCCCUCAGAGGCCCAGGAGCCCCAGAAACCCCCAGAGUCCCUGGAUCCCUCAGCAGCUUUGGAGCCCCAAGAGCCUCCAGAGAUCGAGGCACCCCAGAAGCCCAAAGAGCCCCAGAAGACCCCAGUGGCCCAGGAGAACCAAAAGCCCUUGGAGCUCCCAGCAGCCCCAGAGUCCCUGGAGCCCCCAGCAACCCGGGAGCCCCAGGCACCUCCAACGGUCCAUGGGCUCUCAGCAGCCUGGGAGUCCCAAAAGCCCCCAGAAGUCAAGGAGGCCCAGGAGCCCCCAAAUACCCAGAAGUCCCAGAAUUUAGAGCCCCAGGAUCCUUCAAAUGCACAGGAGCCCCAGGAGGCACCAGAAUGCCAGGAGACCUCAACAUACCUGGAGCCCCUUGAGCUUCUGGCUCCCCAGGAGCCUCUGCAGCCUCGAGUGCUCCAGGAUCCCCUGGAUCCUUCAGAUGCCCAGGAGUUCCUAGAGCUUUCAGCACCCCAGGAGUCCCUGGAGGGCCUAAUAGCUAUCGAAACAUCAGCAGCUUCAGUGUUCUCACGGUCUCGCAGGGGGUUAAAGGCUGGAGCUUUCCCUCUAGAAUACCCUUUAGCCUGCAGUGGGGAUGCCCUGAAGCCUCCUGAGUUCCUGGUUCAAUUGAGUAGUUAUAUGAGAGUCAGAGGGCACCUGUAUCCCACCAAAGCAGCCCUGGUGAGCUUUGUUGGCAACCGCUACUCAGGUGAGGCAGGAAAGUGGUUCCAGCCCUUAGUAGAUAUCCAAAGCCCCCUGCUGGAGCAAUUUGAAAGUUUCAUACAAGUGCUCCAGGGUACUUGUGACAAGCCAGAAAACAUGGAAGGUGCCAACCACAGCAUCCGUCAGCUCUGCCAAGGGGACAACCCUGUCCAUCAGUAUGCGACCCACUUCCCCCUCAUUGCUCAGGAGCUAAACUGGGAUGAAAGCACUCUCUGCAUCCAGUUUCAGGAAGGGCUUGCCAGUUCUAGCCAAGACGAACUGUCUCGCACAAGCCCAGCCACCAAUCUAUCUGGUUUGAUCACCCUGUGCAUCAAGCUAGAAGAGAAGCUAAGGGAUAAGCCUGAUCCAAAUAGAGAAGGGGCGAGUCCCUCUGAGGCAAGAGCUGGGCCUGAGAGUCCACCAGCUGAAAACCAGCCUGUGCAGCCUGCAAGCAAUCGCCCACACCUCAGUGAAGCUGAACGGGCCCGCCGCCGUGAAGGCCACUUGUGCCUCUACUGUGGUCGUCCUGGUCAUUUUGCCAGAGAUUGUCCUGUCAAGCCUCAUCGUGCCCAGCCGGCGGGAAACAUCGAGGCCCGGCGGUAAGGGGGAACCCGGGCGGGCCAAUUUACAAAUAUGCAUCCCCCUCACUUCCAAUAUCCAUGUCCCGUACCCUAUGGCUUACUGUUGAAAUACGACUGGGAAGACGACAGUUCUUUGAGCAAGCAAUGGUGGAUUCAGGUUCCUACAGAAACAGCAUUGACCAUUCUGUGGUUCUGCGAGAGAAGCUGCCCAUCCGCAAUAACAUCUUCCCUCUGAUGCUUGAAACUGUGGAUGGCCGUCCACUGAUUAAUGGACCCAUAACCAAGGAAACACCACCUCUUGAAGUUAAAAUUGGAAACCACGUUGAAGAGCUCCAGUUUGACAUUAUUCACGCACCACGGUACCCUCUGAUUCUUGGCAUCCAUUGGCUGGAAACACAUGACCCAAACAUUGAGUGGAGUACUCGCACUGUGUCUUUUCCAUCCCGUUAUUGUCACUACAAUUGCUUCAGGCGUAGGUGGAAUAGAAGACGUCGUGAUGAAAUAAUUGCUGGGUAGGUCCUGUGUCCUAGUGACUGCUCCUAGCCACCUGCCUUCCAUUACCUCAGCUAUCAUUAGCAUUUGCUGCUCCCAGAAUCUUCCACUGAAUCUCUGGCAAUGAACUAAGGCUACCUGUACAACAACACUGCCUCGCGGAUCAUGGACUGAACCUGACAACUUUGAGCUGCUUUUUCCCACCAACCUGCACACCCCCCUCUUUAAACCCUGCAUUAAUGUGGGGCUGAUUUAAUUACAAUUUGUACUAACAAUAUGCAUGAGAAUAGAUAUUAGAAACUGACAUUGGAAAAGUAUAGUUGCUAGAGUGAUUUGAUUUUCUUCCUAUCAAGAUUUUCCUUAUCAUAACAAUUGCAACAUCUUUUCAAUAAAGAAAAUAAAUUUGCGAGUGAUAUUUUUGAAAAAUCAAUAAACAUUGGCAAUUUUCA